UCUCUCUCUCUCCUACUUCGCUUCCUUUCAGCUCUAAACUAUCCUAUCAUAAUAAAGGCAAAAAACAGCAACUAAAAGCUUAAUUUGUUUAGAAGCUUGGUAUUUUUCUGAUUUGAUUUACUUCUCAUUUGCAGAGCAAUGGACAUGCAUGUGUUUUUCCUGCUUUGUACUUUUGUGGUGCCUUGUUUUACAGACACAACUACAGCUAAAGCCAGAAAUCUUGCUUUAUAUGGCAAGGCCACACAAUCAGACCUGGUUGAGAAUCCUUGGUCAGCAAAUGGCCAUGCCAUUAAUGCUGCUGAUGGUAAUCGUGACUCUAAUUUUGAACAUGGAUCCUGUACUGCUACUACAAUGCAAAAUGACCCAUGGUGGAGGUUAGAUUUACUAGACAAGUAUGUAGUGACCUCCAUAACUAUCACCAACCGAAAAGACUGCUGUCCUGAAAGGCUUGAUGGAGCUGAGAUACACAUUGGGAACUCUCUGCUGAACAACGGCAACAGCAAUCCUUUGGCUGGAAAGAUUUCAUCCAUUCCAGGUGGGAGAUCCCUCACUUUCAAAUGGAAGAAAGGCAUUCCAGGCCGUUACAUCAAUGUGGUCAUACCUGGAUCUAAUCGACUUCUUACCCUCUGCGAGGUCGAGGUUUAUGGUUAUCCAGCUCCUGAUGGUGAAAAUGUGGCUUUACAAGGGAGAGCUACACAGAUUUCCCUCUAUGGAAACGGCUUUGCAUCCAAUGCCAUUGAUGGGAACAAAGAUGGUGUUUACGGUCAUGGAUCCUGUACCCAUACUGUAAAUGACCUCAAUCCCUGGUGGAGACUGGACCUACUGAAAAGGCACAAAGUGUUUUCAGUAGUAAUUACAAACACAGUAGACAAUGUUCCUGAAAGAUUAAAUGGGGCAGAAAUCAGAAUUGGAAACAGUCUGGACAACAACGGCAAUAACAAUCCCAGGUGUGCUGUGAUCUCUUCCAUUCCUCCUGGUUUUUCCUCCACCUUUGAAUGUGAUGGGAUGGAAGGACGUUACAUUAAUGUUGUUAUUCCUGGACGGCAAGAAUAUCUUACACUGUGUGAGGUUGAAGUGUACGGAUCACCACUGGAUUGAGAAGCACUUAAAAAAAUAACUGACCUGUAAUUAUUUUCACACUGCACAUGAAGUAACUGGAUUAAAUAACAGGAUCUAAAUAGGGGGAAAAAAUACAUAUUGGAUGUUGUAGGGCUUUACUUCAAACAGACAUGUACUCCAUCAGUUUACCUCCAAAUCAGUUCUGAUGAAGAAACAAAGUCAUCUACAUCUUGGAUGGCCUGAUG